CAGUGGUGGCGGGAAGGCGCGGCGAUGGCGGGCCGCCGCGGCGCGCUCAUCGUGCUGGAGGGCGUGGACCGCGCUGGAAAGAGCACCCAGAGCCGCAAGCUGGUGGACGCGCUGUGCGCCGAAGGCCACCGCGCCGAGCUGCUGCGCUUCCCUGAAAGAUCAACUGAAAUUGGCAAGCUGCUCAGCUCAUACCUGGAGAAGAAGAGCGAGGUGGAGGAUCACUCGGUGCACCUUCUCUUCUCUGCGAAUCGCUGGGAGCACGUGCCAUUAAUGAAGGAGAAGUUGAGCCAGGGCAUCACCCUGGUCGUGGACAGAUACGCCUUCUCCGGGGUGGCCUUCACCAGUGCCAAGGAGAACUUCUCUCUGGACUGGUGCAAGCAGCCGGACGUGGGCCUCCCCAAGCCCGACCUGGUCGUCUUCUUGCAGCUGCAGCUUGCGGAGGCAGCGGCGCGGGGCGAGUUUGGCCGCGAGCGCUAUGAGAGUGGCCCUUUCCAGCAGCGUGCCCUGCAGCGCUUCCAGCAGCUCCUGGCAGACCCGAGUCUGCCCUGGAAGACAGUCAACGCCUCCAGAAGCAUCGAGGAGGUCCAUCGGGAGAUCCGCGCGCUGUCUGAGGACGCCAUCCGAGCCGCCGCACACAGGCCCCUGGGGCAGCUGUGGGCGUAGGAGGCCGGCCCCCUGUGCUCCAGAGACACUCGUAAAUCACUAUGCUUUCCUCACGGAGGUCUCACAGCUGCACUCAGCAGUCCCAUCGGGGUCGCUGAAACCCUCAGCGUGUCCUCAGGUGCCAUCAAUAAAGACAAUUGGAGACAGCAGUGGCGGCUGGGGGCCCAGUGCGGUGCAGCAUCCUUGCCUGGGGCCCCUGUGCUGUCAGCUGGCCUGGCCGUGCCUGGGCUGAGUGCCAGCCUCACGACCUGGCCUGCAGGGCCCAGCCCAGCCUUGUCAGGGCAGCAUCUGUCUCAUCUGAAUGCGUCUGAUACAUGUUGGUCAUUCUGUUGAGAUGGAAGACGCAGCUGUAUAACUCUGCA